AUGAUAUUCACUGGCAUAGAUAGAAGAUUCCCGGGAAAGUCAUCUCAAAUUAGUGUUUACAAAUCUAGCAUGGAAGGAUUUCCCAAACCAGAGGAUAACUCCGGCAUUUUUAUGGCCAUUGAUAGUUCUAAAAGUGUAGGCUAUCAUCAUGCAAUUUAUUGCUCAGGAAAUAUGCCAUAUCAACUAAUGAUGUCAAAAAUUAUGGGUACAGCUCGGCCUAUGUCAAAGCAGGAAAUAUUUCAAUCACACAAAAGGGUUGGAAACUACGAAUCUUGCUUUAAAUAUCUCCAACUUCGAAAUACAGAAAUAAAUGCAGACAUUGCAGUCAAAGUUGAAGACUUAGUAUUACCCCGACAUUCAAUCAUCUUCACCAGCGGCAUAAUAGUACGAGCACUUGUGUGGUACCAAGGAGAAAUGCAAGUCAUCCAACAAUGCGACAAAAACAAGCCUGCAUGGUUUUUACUCACGAAUCUCUUAGAGUCAAAUGAUCAUUUAGCUUGGGCACUUAGACGGUAUAAUGAGAUUGUUGGUAAGAAUGUAAUGCUUUUGAAAAAGAGUGAGCUUCCAAUGAAGUUGAAUCCAAAAAAAUUAUCAAAUAACAAUUCUAAUUCGGAGGAUCCACAUUACAAAAUAAAGCAAUUGGUCAAGGGAUCGCGCUCUACAAAAAGAGUGAGUGGCGUUUUAGUUGAAAAAUCUGAAUGUUUCAAAUACCAUAGUAAAUCAUUAGGCUCGAGAUUGAAAAAUCGCCUUUCUCCGUCAAAGGAUGUUGAUUACGACUAA